CUGAUAAAAUUUAAUGAAAUAAACUGUUGUCUGGUCCGUUAGACUCUAAAAAUUAUAAUAUAAAUUGGAUAAAAUCUUCGAAAAAGAAGACAACGGGUCCUGUCUACUGAUAAUCGACAAGCAGUAAAACAUCACAGAGUAUGAGAGCUUGAUUAGCCUAAAUUGGGCUAAAUGUCAUUCCUGAACUGCAGUAGAUCCAGAGAAAAGGUGUCAAGCCCGACAGAUUCACCACCUUAUGACACGGAAACUUACCUCAAGAAACCAACUGAGGCUGAUGCUACUCCACUAGGCAGCCAGCAUUCAUCACGAGGGGAAUUCCCCAAUAUAAUGCUGGAAUAUGGCAAUGAGCCACUUCAGUACGAUAUAUACACUACCAUAGGUAAAGGCUUGAAUGAUGCAGCCACAAUAUCGGUGGCCAGACACGUAGCAUCUGGGCAUAAUGUUGCCAUCAGACAGAUAGAUCUCGACAGUCCCGAAAUAGACUUUGAAACCCUGCAGCAUGAGAUAGUUGUGUGCAAACAACUGAACCAUGAGGCAAUCCUGCCCUACUACACAUCAUUUGUCCAUAACAACGAGGUCUGGACUGUCAUGCCUCUCAUGGCAUAUGGAUCUUGUCGGGACUUGAUGCACGCCUACUUUAACAGUGGACUACCAGAGCAGAGUAUCGCUUACAUACUACGAGACAUUCUCAGUGCCCUUGAAUAUCUGCAUGGUCGAGGUAUCAUUCACAGAAGUGUAAAAGCUAGUCAUAUAUUGAUAUCAGCUGCGGGUCGCGUCUGUAUGUCAGGUCUACGUAACUCCUGUCGUCUCAUAGAGCAUGGAGAAUGGAACCACUCCAUCUAUGUGUACCCUAACCACCCACAGAAAAUGCUGUGCUGGUUCAGUCCGGAAAUAUUGGAACAGAACUUGACAGGUUACGACACAAAGACAGACAUCUACAGUCUGGGUAUAACAGCGUGUGAGCUGGCCAAUGGUUAUGCCCCCUUUACUGAUAUGCCUCCAACACAGAUGUUGCUGGAAAAGUUGAAUGGUACCAAGCCUGUGUUGGCGGACUCCACUACCAUUGGCGAUCUGACUGCCGAUGAGAAUGUCACUGACCCUGAAGACUCUGGUAUAGACAAUGUGUCUUACGCCCUCCAGAAGAACAGCGCCCUGGGUUACGCCUACAGUAGAACUUUUUCACCAACCUUUCAUCACUUUGUGGAACUGUGUCUGGAGAGAGAUCCUCAAAUACGACCAAGCGCUGCAACAUUGUUGACCCAUCCAUUCCUGAAGAACCUCCGAAAGAAGAGUACUUCAGUCCUUCCGUCCCUUCUACAUCCUGUUACACCACUACUGGACGCUUCAAAAUUACCCAAAGAUGACUCUGCUGUGGAUGUUCUUGCAGAGGAGAUGGAAGACCUACACUUUGAUGAAGACUGGGACUUUGAUUAAUUUAGAUAAAUUCAUUCAUUUAUAAUAUAUAUAUAUUGUGUAAAUAAUCAAGUAACAUCCUAAAGGAUCUACUCAUUAUAAAGGAAACUGAGGCUUUAACUUAUAGUAUUUCAGAGGACAUACACUCUGAUAAACUGAGAUUUUGGCUCAUAGUUUUUCAAAGGACCUACACUUUGAUAAACUGAGACUCUGACUCUUUGAUAAAUGGAGACUUUCAUUGACUCAUAGUUUUUCAGAGGACCUACACUUUGAUAAACUGAGACAUUGACUCGUAGUAUUUCAGAGCACCUAUGCUUUGAUAAACUGAGACUUUGACUCACAGUCUUUCAAAGGACCUACAAUUUGAUAAACUGAGACUAUUUGAAACUUUUGACAGUUAAAUUCAUGUUUGUUUCACAUUUUCUUUACAUUACAUAUUUGUUUAAGAUUUACUCAUCUUUAAGAUCCUGUGGUCUAAUCAUCUGAACAAAAGCUGAAAAAAUGUGCAAAUGUAUAAUUGUUCUGAAUUUAGGUAGCUUUGGUUUUUCAGUCAGAAAUCCUAUAUAAAAGUCAGAUAAGCAUUUUUUUUUCAAUAUGCAAGGUAUAAAUGUUCUGCUGGUAUAGCCAACAAUCAGAGAUCUUUUCAACUAUAAGUAUUUUCUUCGGAUUACUUUCUUAAAAACAUAAUUUGCGUUGUUUAUGUCGUAAGAUUAAGGGAUUCUUCCUAGAUAUAUAAAAUCUCUGACUGUAAAGAGCCCCAAUAAAGAAGUGGUGCAUUUCUUAUUGAAAUUGCGAAUUUAUACAAAUAAUCUAUUUAUUGAUUUUUUUCACUGAAAGCCAAAGAGUGGAAAAAAAGAAUGGAUAUAUCAGAAAAUCCAUUGUCAACAGUUAUUGCUACAUAAACAAUAAAAUAAAACAAAAUUGAGGCCCCACUACUUGCCCCAUAUGAUAAACAAAUCAUAGAUAUGUUGAGAGUUUGCAAAUUAUUGUCAUUGAACAAGUAAAUGAGUAUUCUUGUUAAGCUAAUGUAAAUUAGUUUCUCUCUAUUUCAAUGUGUUUUAAAGAAAUAAAAUUUAUGAGCAUUAUUUUUUUCACAUGUCGCAUACCAUGCUUUGUUUGUUUAUUUGUUAACAGUUUGUACAUGAUGAGUUUGUAAUGCUUAGGUCAAAAUAAAGCUUUUGUUCUGUU